CCGCGGCUGUGCACGGUGCGCGCGACUGCACUGCACGUCAUGCAUCGAUAACACAAUGCCAUGAGUCUCUCAUGGCGCAGGGGCAGCCUCUGCGCGACGCUUACCGUCGUGCUGGGACAGGACUUCCUGGCCACCUUUCGGAAUGGGGCCCGCAGCCCGCCGCGACCGAUGACGCUCGUCCUGCGUGACGACGCGUCGAAAAAUGUGACAUUGGCACCCGGCGACGGCGUCGAACGGCGGGCGCGACGCGGCCUGGUGGUCGACUGGUUCGACAGUGGGGAAUUCACGGCGCGUACGGUGCUCAGCUCGGAUCGCUUCGCGGACCUCGACGACGACGCGGCGCUGGCGCGCCAGUUCGUGUUUCUGGAUACGCUGGCGAUCGCGCCGUGUGCCGAGGCGGCCGCGGAGGCAACGCCGCUGCGACGGAUCCAGGCGGCCGGUCUCAAUAUUGAUGUCAUUGCCGAGGAUCCCGUCGUGGCCGUUGUGAAAUCCUUCGCGUCGCGAGACGAAUGUGCCACAAUGCAGUCAUUGGCGGCGCGUGGUGGUGCAAGGCGGAGAACGCCGAGGGAAGGCGCCCUGAGCCACGACGACCCGUCCACUGGCUUCCGUCGCCGCCUGGGACUGACGUACGACUGGGACCUGGUCGGGAACGAGACGCUCCCGGCCGCGUUGCUGCAACGCGCUGCUACGGUGGCCGAAGCGUUCGACAUACGCGUGCCGGUCGGGCCUUUUCAGGAGCCGCUGAACAUCGUUGAAUACGGUCGAUUCGACUACUACGAGCCGCACUGCGAUGUGUCGUGUGAGCGCUCCGGCCCGAAGCCGGGCGGGCGGGUGGCGACGAUGCUGCUCGUCUGUGAAAUGCCAAAGCUUGGAGGCGCGACGGCGUUCCCGCGCCAUCGCGGUAAAGCUCUUACGCUGCGGCCCGGCGCCGGCGACGCGGUCUUCUUCGCGUAUGACAAAAAUGCGCGGGAGUCGCUCCACGCCGGCUGUCCCGUGCGCGACGGCGUCAAGCGCGUCGUGUCGGUAUUUCUGCGCGACGGCGUCACCGCCUCGUCGCCGGCGUCUCAUUUUGACGUCGACGGCGGGGCGGCGGUUGGGGUGAAUGUGGCGGGCGAGAUUGGUGUGUAAUGUAUAUGCUUAGUGA